AUCAAGUGUAGGGGCAUGAGUAUGUGUCCAGGGGUGUCUCAGUAGGUAUAAGGGAUCUCAGGGCGAGGGGAGGUCCCUGCUCCCCUGCCAAGGGGUCUCUCCCUGACCUGUAGAGUCCCUCUUAUUUUGGGGGAGCAGGUCCAGCAGCAGGGCCCAUCCCCAGUGAGAGUGGACCAUGGUGCUGCUGUCUGGGGAAAAGCUGAAGGGGGAACAGCAGCAACAGGUCUGUCCCAGCUCAGACAGGGAGAGGGAACCGCAGAGCCCAGGGCAGGAGAGGCUGGCAGCUGAGGGGGAGGAGGAGGAUGGCGAUGAUGAAGGGGAAGAAGACGAGAAUGCUGAGGAUGAGGGUGAGGAGGACUAUGAGGAGUAUGAAGACUUCUCGGAGCUGCCUGACACUCGCAGCAUCGCCUCGGAUGACUCCUUCUACCCGCCAGGCGGUGAUGACGAUGAGGGUGAGACUUGGUCACUGGGUGAAUCUGAGUCCGAGAGUCCCGAGCCGCUGACCCUCUUCCGUGCCUGCUGCACCAAUAAUGCUGUCCUGCUCAAGGCACUGAUCCGCCAGGGCCCCGAGGAGGAGGAGGUGUGCGAGGCCGACCGCAACCGCCGGAAUGGCCUUAUUGUUGCCUGCUACCAAGGUUUUGUGGAUAUUGUAAUAGCCUUAGCACAGUGCCCUCAUCUUGAUGUAAACUGGCAAGACAAUGAAGGGAACACAGCUCUAAUAACAGCUGCACAAGCAGGGCACAUAACCAUUACAAACUACUUGUUGAACUAUUUUCCUGGUCUUGAUAUUGAGAAGAGGAAUGUAUUUGGAUACACAGCACUGAUGAAAGCUGCAAUGCAAGGCCGAACAGAAUGUGUGAGAGCCUUAAUGUUGGCAGGGGCAAAUGUUCAUUCAACUGACCCGAAUCGUGGAAUGACUUCCUGGGAAUGGGCUUGUUACACCGGAAGAUCAGAAUCUGCUAUGCUCAUGCAGAAGCUGAUGGACAGUCCGCGCCCUGAGCAGUUUUGUGAUCAAUAUAAACCAGAAUGGCCAAAGAUGAAGGAACUUCUUGAGAAGGCUGCGGAACCAAAAAGCUGUUUUCAGAGGAUAUCAGACUGUUUGAGGUCAGCAGUGACAUUCAGGGUUGCCUCUAACCCUGAAGAGGAUGGUGUUCUUGAUCACAUGGUUAGGGUGACAACAAGUUUAGGUAGUCCCUUUGUUGCCCUGUCUUGCAGGACUGUGUGUCCAGGGAGCCCACCCUGUGUGGGGAAACGCACACUGUCUGUGCAGGAAAUCCUGAGGAAGCAGAGAGUCCAAGAGAUCCGCUCUCAGGACAGAGAUCAUGUUAGUAGCUAUGAGAAAUUAUUUCAGAACUCCAAAAUCAUGGUGGUCCCCAAAAGGAAAGACCGGAGGGCUAGUCUGCAGCCUUUAAGCUUCUCUGCGUCUCAAGUGAAUGUGGUAGCCACAAGGAAAGCAAGCCUUCUCCCACUCCACCUUCUCAGAAGGAGCAGUGUAAGACCAGGAUUUGUGAUCCCCAAAGUCCGUAUUACCAAGGCUCCUCCAUCCAACUUCCAGCCAGAGCCAGUGAGGAGGAAGAACAGUGCCAGAAACAACAUGUACCUGCAGAUUCCUAAAUGGAGAUACAAAGAGUUGAGAGAGGAACGGAAGAAGGCAGAAGAGCAGGAGAAGAGAAGGGCAGAAGAGAUCCAGAGACAAAAGAACAUUUCUCUCCAUCAAAAAAAAAAAGACUUGAUUUAAUUAUGGGAAUUACCACAAAAGGUCCAGAUGUCAUCUCCCAGGGUAGAAGGCUGUAUGCUGUCAAACUGUGGGAUGCAGAACUGAAUAAUAGCCCUAUAGCACAGAAACCACAUGAGCUAGCACUAAAGGCAUCUAGUGGAAUGUGAGGAAGUAUUGGGGUUGAAAAAGUGAAAACAGUUGAUUAUUUGCUCUCUGGUAGGUUUGUCUAAUCCUGGAUGAGCAGGUGAGAAGGAGCCUGCAAUGCUCAUAUGUAUGAAAGGAUCAUGCUUUGUAUUCAUCAUGAUGAAGUUAAGAGUCUCAGCUUUUGACACUAAUCAUUCUCCCCUCCUCUUCUUUAGGUGCAUAUGAAUCGCAACACUUAGUAAAUGAAAGCCACAAAAAGUUUAAAGUAGGCCACAAUCUCUAUGCAACUGGUACAAGGCAGAAAAUCUGGGGAGGAGGGGGUGGGUGUGUAAUGCAGAUCAUUUUGACUGUAAUAAGCACUUUAUGGAUAUUUUAAUUCUGUAAAACAGAAACUUAAGGUAUCAAAGGUAUCUAACACUACACCUGUACCAUAGGUAUAGCAAUCUUUCAAAGCCCAGGGCAGAGGUGGGAGGAGGGAAGGAGAAGUGGAGUCUAACCUGACAGCUUAUGCUGCGGUUGAUUCUGUAGCAGUGCAACACGGGCUGGUGCAGCUGAGAAACAGGCAACACUAUGGGCCCGGUGGGGCCCCAUUUGCUCCCUCCCUCCCUGGGCACAGGACUGUGCCUUCACCCUCCUUCCCCCAGAUAUACGGCUGGAUGUGGGAUCUGUCUGCCUGAUUCUUGCAGUCAGGGUGCAGAGCUGCACCAGUUAUGGCAAAGACUCCCAUGGGGAGGGGCCAAACUGGUGCCCAGGGCUUGUGCCCUUCUUGCCUCCACUGUUUAUGCAAUGGGCCUAUUCUAAUUCUUCAUGCUGUUGACUGUGCUUCUCCCAGAUAAAAAUAGCUGCAUACCAAAUACCUAAGAACUGGCAGUUAGGACAAUCAGCCCCAGCAGAUGUAAAUCAGGUAUGGUCCAUAAGUUGCAGUGAAGCUCCACCAUUUUGCAUCACUUGUAAAUCUGAUGUACUUGUUUAAUGCAUUGUCAAUUUAAGAUUUGCCUCCUCCUUUGCAUUUUCUUUUCUUUAGUGUCAGGGAACCCCAUCAUUAUAUUCGCCUAUCAAAUAAAUUAACUCUUUAAUCAUAGAGUUUAUUUAAAUAUUGAUGGUCAUGUUAAAAAAAUGCUUUAAGUUUACUUGAGCUAAACUAAAUCCAGGAGAGAAUGAUUGUUCUGAUAACAGAACUGUCUUCACCAAGGAUAUCAAGUGCCAAUAAUAUUCUGUGAAAAUUCAGUCUUAUGUACUGUCCCAAGCAACCUACCCACCAGUAUAUGGAAAUCCAAGAUAAGUAUCAUAGUGAAGAUUUGCUGUACUACAUCCUCGGUACGAAAUACAGAGGACUAUUUCCAUCAUCCCUAUGUCAACUCCAGAGAAAAACAUUUCCUAACAUUCCAGUCAGAGCAGGAGUGACUCAGGUUGUUCCACUAUUAGCAGAGAGGGAUCACGGUGUCAUCCAUAUUUUCCCUUACCUUUUCUGGAUGCCAUAAAAGUAAUGGUGUUUGCUAUAUGUGGUGGUCCAAGAUGGCAGCCCGGUAUCCUUCAAAGUAAUUAUCUGAGGCUCAAACCAAAUCUUAGCUGGCAUUUAGAAGCACUUAAUGGCCUAGAAAAGCACCAUAUCCACAGAUACUUUUGAAACUGAGAGCUUACCUGAUUAGACAAAAAGUCAUUUAGCCCCCAAUGAAGUUGUUUUGGUUUUACCAAGAGAACUGUGUAAAGGGCAUAGACAAUGUUUGUGUCUUCAGGAACAUGCUUUAGAAUUUCUUUUAAGCUGCUAAACUGGCAAAUCCUGGUAUGGACUAUGACCUUGCUAUUUGCUAAAGAAAGGCUACGUUUAUCAAAGUAGGGUACAAAAGAAGACAGCAAGACACGCAGUAAAUAUGGUACCUAUUUUUUAUAAUUAUUUCCUUCCAUUUCAAAUGUUCAUUUCAUUAUGUUGCUCAGUGUUCAACACUAGACAGAACUUAAAUGAGAAUUUCAACGAAAAAUUCUGUAAUUAGGUAACCCAUAAGCAUAUAUGAACUGCCACAAUAGAUCAAACCAAAAAUACAUCUUUUCCAGUAUCUUAUUUCCAGCAGUGGCAUCUAGCAGAUGCUUUAGAGGAAGUGUAUAAGAAACGGGGCAUGUGUAGAGUGAUCCAUCUUCUGUCAUAUCCUGCCAGUUACCAGCAGUUGUAGAUUUUGGGGUGUCCUGAACCUGAGGUCACAUCCCUGACUGUUGUAGUAGAUGGCUCUGGAUGGACCUGCCCUUCAUACAUUUGUCUAAUCUCUUUUUGAACCACAUAAUAUUGUUGUCCUCUCCCAUGUCUUGGGACAGGAGUCAACUGUCCCUCAUGUCCUGGGCAUGAGUUACCUGCAUGUUGUAUU